UUAUUUUAUAAAAAAUGAAGAUCUUAUUGGGAUUUUUGAUGAUGCUUGUCUUAUGCAAUACCCUGUAUUGGCCAAGGAUUGGAAGGGACAUCCCUGAUCAGCCACCUUUUUUUGCAGACAAUCCUGACAUUUUUCCUAACUCAUUGGACUCUAUUGGCUUUGGAUCAAACUCCAUAGAUAGUUACAUGGAUAAUUUUAGAAAUGAAUUGGACAGAAGACUAAAAGAAACUGAAUUUACCGACAAAAAAUCAGUAGAAAAAGACUAUGGAGAUAAAGGAAAAGUAUCUAUAGAAGAAAAAUGGAACUCAAAUCAUUACAGCGGCGAAGUUAAACAUACUGAUUAUAAACACAAGAAUUGGAAGGGAAGUUCUUAUUAUUCUUCUAGAAUAAUCUCUUCUGAAGAUUUGUUUGAUUCCAAGUCUAAAAGUGACAAUAAGAACUCCCCAAAGACCAAAGAAACUUCUUCAAAUGAAAAGUCAGAAGAAGAUUAGGG